AUGAACUCAAACCCUCCUCCAGUGAUCGUAUUGUACAAAUAGAGUCUCAAUGAUCCAGACAAAAAGAAUUUUAGCAAGUUAUGGUAGUAAGAACCAAUUGAAGUGAAAGAAUUUUUUUCCAAUUUAUUUCAGGCAUUGAAAUAUUCAAAAGACGGAAUGGCUCAUGCAAUUUUCGAAUUGGAAACCAGUGAUUCCUUGUCUGAGAUUUCAGAGAUCAAUUGGAAGAAUUAAGGAUUUAUUAGUGAGUAGAGUAAUUCAAUGUAAGAAUUGCUAAGUUUUCUGGAGAUAGAGAAGUUGCCACUAUAAUCUGCAUUUUUAGAGAACAACUCAAUAAAUGCAAUUGCAUAAUUAUGCGAGAGAAUGAAAACUUUGAAUAUUAACGAAGAAUUGAACAACAAAAUAAAUGAUAGUUUUCUCAAGAUUUCCAAACUUCGUAAGUGA